AUGACACAAUCUCCUAUUCUAUCAUACAAAAAACCAAACAAAGAUCAAACAACACCAACACCAAGAACUAGCUUUUCUCCAAGUCUAUCAUCAACAGCGUCAAAUACAGCGUCACCCCAACUACCCUCUCAUACACCUCAACCUAGAAAAAUUUCUUCACGGCGCAAAGCAUUGCAAGAGUUUUAUCAUUUACAACAGUCGCAGUCAAAUCAACGAAAGAAUAAUGAAGGGGAAAACGGUAACAAUGAACAGGAUAAAUCUACGGAGGAGACAGACGACAAUUCAGCAAAGACUGAAGUGCAACCAUCUAGUUUGAAAACUGCUGAAGAUGUGGAACAAUUCAUCAAAACAUCCAGUACCAGGGACAUUCUCAAGCUUCGUAAUAAGAUACAACUGCAGUUAAGCUCAUCAAGUCAAAAGAAGAAAGAGAUUAUAUAUGACAACUACUAUGAACUAAUCAAGUUGAGUAACAUGUUGGGAGACUUAUCAGAGUCUAAAAGACUGAUUUCAAAUAUACUAUCAGUACAAGACUCAGAAAAGAUUGAUUCUCUAAGUGGUUUUAAAAUAUUUAGUCAAACUGAUGACAAUAAUGGACCUGAAGUUUCAAUUGACACUUAUUUGGAAGAAGUUUUGAAUGGUUUAUCUAAUUUUAAUCAGAGUACCAUUAAGAAAUUUACCACUGGUGGGUUUGAUGAUGUUCUUAACCGAUUAGACAGAACUUCCGAUCGUGCCGAAUCAAAUGCCAGCGUGGUGGGUGUUUACAAUGACACGACGGUGGAUAGUAUACCAGACGAUGUGAAUAAAAGUGAUAUCAUUAAUCAAAUAAGCUAUAUUUUGGAAUUACCAAACCGACAAUUGGAAGAGUCUGAGAGAGUGGAGGCUGAAUCAAAGAUUGAUAAGAUAAUAGAAUCAACUGCAAGUGAAGCUUUGAAACUACAGUUAAACACGAUCAAAAGUAGAAUGUAUUAG